AAAAAAUAUCAAACUUUAACUGUAACUCAUAAGUUUAAGCUCAAUGUUUGUUUAUUUUUAAGUUUCAAAAGUAAUUUCGAAAGUUUAUGAAUUUCUUUUCAUAUGGGAAAGCUUUAAGAUUACAAGUUUAAGAAUAUCAUGACAAUUAAUGAAGAUGCAAUCGUGAAAUGAUAAUAAUUAUUGUUUCACUAGGUUUCUGAUAUUUUUUUCUCAUACCGAUUUAUGAGUAACUUUCUUUAAAAAGACACAUAUUUAUUUAAAUUGAUGUGUCAAUAUAGAUAAUAUUUGAAAAAAGUAUUGUAAUAACAUUACAUAUAAUAAUUGUCAGCAUGAAUCUGGAACUUUUAGAAUCUUUUGGGCAGAAUUAUCCAGAGGAAUUUGAUGGAUCCUUGGAUUGCAUCAGUCUUGCAGUAACAUGCGCUUUCAACAAACAUGGCACACUGCUUGCAGUAGGUUGUAAUGAUGGACGAAUAGUUUUGUGGGAUUUUUUAACUCGUGGAAUAGCUAAGAUCAUCUGUGCCCAUAUCCAUCCUGUCUGUUCCUUAAGCUGGAGUAGAACUGGCCAUAAAUUGCUAAGUGCCUCAACGGAUAAUACUGUAUCCAUAUGGGACGUUCUCAGUGCUGAAUGUGAUUACAGAUAUAGAUUUCAAUCACCAAUUCUUAAAGUUCAGUUUCAUCCUAGAAAUGAUAAAUUGUUAUUAGUUUGCCCUAUGAAACAUGCUGCCAUAUUGGUUCAGGUGGAUGAAACUCACUCAAUUGUACCUUUAGAUGAUGAGUCUGAUUUGAAUAUUGUAGCUUCAUUUGAUAGAAAAGGGCACCAUAUAUACACUGGAAAUGCUAAAGGAAAGAUCUUAGCUUUAUCUGUGCCUGAAUUAAAGUUGAAGGCUUCUUUUAGAGUUACAACUGGUACAUCAAAUACUACCUCUAUAAAAUCUAUUGAAUUUGCCAGAAGAGGAGACUAUUUUCUUGUUAAUGCUGCAGAUAGAAUUAUUAGGGUUUAUGGUAGUCGAGAAGUUCUUGCUUGUGGUAAAGAUGGUGAACCAGAACCUAUGCAGAAAUUACAAGAUCUUGUGAACAAAACUAUGUGGAAAAAAUGUUGUUUUUCUGGUGAUGGGGAAUAUAUAUGUGCCGGAUCGGCACGGCAACAUUCUCUCUAUAUUUGGGAAAAAAGUAUUGGAAAUUUAGUGAAAAUUCUUCAUGGCACAAAGGGAGAGUUACUUCUGGAUGUAGUUUGGCACCCAGUUCGACCUAUAAUUGCGUCAAUAUCUAGUGGUGUAGUUUCUAUUUGGGCUCAACCUCAAGUGGAAAAUUGGAGUGCAUUUGCCCCUGAUUUUAAGGAACUUGAUGAAAACGUUGAGUAUGAAGAGAGAGAAAGUGAAUUUGAUAUUGAAGAUGAGGAUAAAAGUCCACAACUUCAUGCUGAAAAGCAGGAUGAAGAUGAAAUUGUUGAUGUUGUUACAAUAGAGCCAAUUGCCGCUUUUUGUAGCAGCGACGAAGAAUCAUCUGAUACUGCUGCUCUUCUCUAUCUUCCUAUCUCACCAGAAAUUGAUGACCCUGAAGAAGGAUGGGGCCACACUACUGACAUUGCAGAAGAUGCUCCUUCUAAAAGGUCAACUAAUGAUCAAAAUGCAUCUAAAAAGAAACGUACUAAAGUAGUUGAUAUGAUCCUUGAAAAUGCACCAAAAGAUGAAAUACAUCCUUUAUUAAGUUCAAAAUCAAAGGACAAAGUAAAUCAGCAAACUAAGAAAGUUGGGAAGUCCCGACAACACCGUACAAAUUCUAAUUCAGAAAAUAAACCUUCUCAUAGAUCAAAGCAUAGCAACAAAAAGGAAAAAGUAGACUACUAUGGCUGGAAAGAUAAUAUGGACUAACUUCAAUCUGCUGUUUACAUCAAAAUUCAAAUGUAGAUAAUCAUGAAAGAAUCAUUACACAUUUUUCUUUUAAAUUUGUAAUUUUAUUUAUAAAUAAACUCUCAUUUUUUUUUUA